UCAACAUCUACUGGAGAAUGGUGUGGAUCCAAACAUGGGAAACGAAGACGGACUAACAGCUUUACAUCAGUCAUGCAUAGACAACAAUGAAGCCAUGAUGAGGAUACUAGUAGAGAAGGGAGCAGAUGUCAAUGUUACAGAUAGGGAAUUAUGGACACCCCUUCAUGCAGCAUCAACGUGUGGACAUAAACAUCUUGCACAUUUUCUUAUCCAAAAAGGAGCACAUCUCUUAGCAAUCAACUCUGACGGUAACAUGCCUUAUGACAUAUGUGAAGAUGAAGAAACGUUAGACUACAUAGAGUCACAGAUGGCAACGCAAGGUAUUACGCAAGAACAAAUCGAUGAACUAAGAGAAAUUGUACCAAAUCAGAUGCUGCAAGGAAUGCAAGAGAUCUAUAAGAAUGGAGGUGAUUUAGAGAUAAGAGACAAUGUAGGAGCAACACCACUCCACAUCGCCGUAGCCAAUGGUUAUGAGAAGGUGGUGCAGUACUUACUAAGCCACAACGUAGACUACGCUGCUCGGGAUAACGAUGGUUGGCAACCAAUACAUGCAGCAGUUUGCUGGGCACAGACCGACAUCAUCACUAUGUUAGUUGAAUCAGGAGCUGACCUAGAUGCAAGGACUAAUAAUGACGAAACACCUUUAAGUAUUUGUGAAGAUGACGAGAUCAGGAGUUUAAUUCAGCAGCUGAAACAGGAGAUCCAAUCCAACCGCAUUAAACCCACAGGAGGCCUUGUUAGGAGAAGCUCUAGUCGAAAUAAGAGAGGGUCAUCAAUAAGGAGAAGCAGUAAACGGGAGAAGGGCGAGAUGAGGAAACUAGAUGCUAAAGGAGAGGCAGCUUACAUGCAAUCAAAAACAGAGGAAUUAGAAAACUCUUCCGAUGGCAGCCCAGUUACAAAUAUUGACGAUGUUAAAAUCUCAGAGGAAACAAACGGACACAUAGAACAAAGUGAGGAAGGGAACACUGAAGGUGAUGAAAACGGUGAGGGGGGUCGGGUUACACCAUUGCCUGUGAUAACGGAGGAACAUCCAGACCCUGAGAGUCCCAGGAACAAAAAGAAUAAUGGGGAUUUGGGUGGGGAUGCAACCCAGGAGAAUGGGAGGACCGAAAAUGGGGACUUUGAUGAAACGGAAGGAGCCCAUCAAAAGCGGUUAGUGUCGAUCCUGAAGAAGCCGCGGUCGGAGGGCGAGGGCAUCAAGAGCCAGAAGAGCAAAAAGGAACAAAAGGAGGAGAAGGAGAAGAUCAAACGGGAGCAGAGGGAGAAGGAGAAGCAGGAGAAACAGAAGCUGAAGGAGGAGAAGGCACGGAAGAAGGAGGAGAUGAGGAAAAAGGAGGAAGAAAAGAAGAAGGAGAACGCGAGACCUGCCGGUUCACAAGGUGACGGUAUGGAGAUGGAUGAUCAGUACUCGAGCAAAGGAGAGACGUUGGCUGAUCUGAAGAGGCAGAGGGCUAGUCAACAUGGCUCACCUACAGCAGGCGGGGACAAUAUUGCAGAACUAGCUGAAAGCAAACCCUCCACUACUCCUUCCACUCAAGACCAACCCAAUGUCAAAUCCAACAAGGGACUACACAAGCUCCGCUUCUUUCGUCCCCCUACUACGUACGAGUUCAACAACCCUAGCAACAUGGGCCAGAACGGUGAAGUCGCUCUCGACGACGGCUCGAAACCCUCCAACGUUUCCCACCCCGAGGGAGAGAUGAAGAGGUUUUCGGGAGGCGUCACAGAAGUGAUGGGCCCGGAUGAUCAUAAUAGCAACUGCUGCGUCAUCAGUUAGAACUUUGUGGCUUUUAUAUAAAUUUAUAUUUUUAGAUAUUUUAUCUGUGGGGAAUACUUUUUUUCUAAAGAAAUAAGUUUUUAUUGGAUUUGAUGGACAAAACCUUAUUAUUAUUAUUGAAUAGUAAUGAAAUUCAAUGAAUUCUGAGAAUCAUUUGAUACGUAUAGAGUAAGAAUCAGAUUGUAAUUUGUUAAAUGGGUUCCAUGUAAAGUAAUAAUUUGAUUUUUUUUUUAAAUUACAAUUACGGUGCAUCUAUUUAUGUAAAAUUAUGUAAUCAGAUCCCCUGAAUUCAAUGUCAUUGAUCAAUACAGUAUUUACUCAUUUCUAAAAUGAAAAAUAAAAUCCAGUUUGGUCGUAUUAACAUAUAGUUUAUGAUUUUGUACUUAAAAUUGCACAUGGAAUGAUUAUGUCGAAAUAAAUUAUAUUUGGGAUUUAUUGAAAUGAAUGAAUGUACGACGUUCAAUCCUUUCGGAUCAAAUGAAUGCUGGCUGCUCUGUAUUGAUCCUUGCAAACACAUUUGGUAAUGGUUUAAAUUUUCAUUCCUGUGCAUGGUUUUUUGCUACAUUCCUAUAAGAAUUCUCUCUGCAUGCUCUUUUCUGUGUCAGUGAAGUUUGGAGGGAAAGAGAACUACAUACAUUUGGUAGAAGUAAAUCAACCAAGCAACUCUUCAAUUACACUACAUGGCAACGUUAACUAAUUUCA